AUGGGCCAAAGCCUUUCCCAGCCAUGCCAAUCCCUGUUGUGUCUUUCCAGUUGCCCAAGUUUUGGCUGAAGAUGAUUCCUUGACUCUCCCCGUGGAUGUUGCCAAGGGGAAGACGGGCUUCUUCAGAAAGAUGUUUCACGCGGCCAUACAUCUGGUGUGGAGCGGUUCUGCCAAUGCCACCCAAGUGGCGGCACCCAAGGCCCCGGCGGUGGCAGCGGCGACGACGACGACACCAUCUCCAACCCAGGCCCAUGUCUGUGCUACCCGCGUCAAAAUGGGGCCGGAGCUGAACUUCUCUCUCCAGCUCCUCAACGAGGACCUCAGUGUCUCGGUGGAACCCGGCGCUUACCUCCAAGGCGAAGCCAUCCGGAUCCAGGCCUCCCUCCAGGCAGAAGCCGGGUUCUUCCCGAAACUGUUCAUAGACAGAUGCUACGUGCUGGACAACCCACAACAGAGCCAGUCCCGGGCACUCUUCUUCAUUGUGGACAACCAUGGGUGCCUCUACCCCGGCAACUUGAAGGCGGCCUGGUUCCGUCAAGAGGACCCGGCCGUGGUGCUGACCAUGCAGACCCGCGCUUUCUGGCUGGAUGACAAAACCCCCGAGAUCCAUGUUCAUUGUUUACUUGCGGCCUGGAGUCAGAAGAGCCCAGCCAGUCCUGGGAAGAAGACCUGCUCCUACAACGUCACCUCAGCCCUAUGGAAGAACGUGGAUGAGCCCUCUCGUCCCUCGGUCUGCCUCUGCUGCCAUGGCGUCUGCCCCUCGGAGCCCGGUCCCCUUGACCAUCCCCAAGGCUUUGUGGGCAAAGGGCAGCUCCACUGGGUGGCCCUGGGUCCUCUGCGCCUAAGGAAGGAAGGGCUGCCCUGGUUGGAAGGGCACGGCCAGACGGUGAAGAAGCUGCUGGUGGUGAGCGCGGUCUUUGUGGGCAGCUGCGUGCUGGGCACCCUCGUGGCCCUGGGCCUGGCCCUCUUCCACCACCUGCGCCACAGCAGGAAAUACUGGCUGCUGAGUGGGGACCGGGCCGAGCACAUGGAGCUGCAGACGCUGGCCGGGGCCCUGGCCAUCAGAGAGGAGAUCGAGCAGGAGUCCCCCCUCAACUAGUGCAAGCUCCAGAACAACAGCCCCAAAAAGGACACCUGAGGAGGAGGAGGACUGCAUCCCAGAAGUGUCAAUAAAAAGGCCCACGGCCAUUUCCCAAA